AACCCAUUUCCGAUUUGCAGUUACGGGGUUGACGAGACUGCCAUGACAUCCUAAAAACCCGCUGCAUCCGUCCCACCAACCGCGUUCGACGGCCCUUGUUUAUAACUAGCUAGUUGUUGAUGGUCGAACUCCAACUAGUUAAGCUUAACCUAUCCGAGCAAGAUCAUCAGCACCAAAUCUGCGUUCACCUCACUCCCUUCAAACACAUCCUCGCGCGCCAUCCGUGAUGGAAUCCCCGGGACCUGGUCGCGAUUCGGCGGCCGACCCCUCUCCGACCGACACGCGACGGCUUUCGCAAUCCAUGUCCACCAUUCAAGACGAUGAUGGUGUCGAUGCUGCACGGAGGCGACCAGAAAGCGCCAUGCAGAGCCCAAACCCCGGAAACCCUUCUCGCUCCGACGGUGGCCUGUCGCCAGCGGGCGAUCUUCUCACGCCACGAACCGGCCCAGGAGCCGCGCGGUCGCGUCCUCGCAAACCGCCCAUGGCGCGGCGCGCCUCCUCCAGUGCCCAAGCCCCUUACCGAGGCGGCGUGUUCUCAGUGGACGAUGGCAUCGCCGAGGUCGAAGCUGACGCCGCGGAGCGCCAGCAGAGUUACACGACCACACUACGAAGACGAGCUGGUGCCCCGCCCGCACUCGUAAGGAUCCACUCUUCCGCCGCCGACGAGGAUCCCGUCAGCGAAGGGAUCGAAGAGGAGGCCGAACAGGCCGACAACAACCCGGCGGAAGAGUCCGGUGGAGACGCACCCGAGGUAGAGCACCCGGACGUCGCGACGCCUGACGAUGAUGACGGGGACGUCAGCGACGCCGAGAGCUUCACUCUCAAAGACCGCCAACAGGCCAUCAAUCAGACACACCCUUUCGGUAUCAGGCUUUGGAAGCCGGCCCUGUACAAGAAGAGCCGUUCGGUACAGAAGAAUGCCGAGGGCGAUAUUCACUCAUCACCCGGCGGCCAUGUCAGCACCUGGCUGCUGUUCUUCAACCUUGUGUGGACCCUUGCUUUUGGUUGGUGGAUGGCCUUGAUUGCCUUCACCGGUGCUAUCGUCUGCCUCCUCUUCGCCGCCGCGCCCGGCGGGCGGGAGUAUGGCCAGGUCCUGUGGGGCCUGUCGGGUUACAUCUUCUAUCCCUUUGGCAAGUUUGUGGGGCUGGAGCAGCAAGAAGCCUACCUGGACGAAGACGAGGGCGAGGGCCGAAGCAUCAGCGAGUACGAACAGUGGCAGAGCGGCGACCUGGAAUAUGGCCGGUUGUUCUUUGGGCCGGACAGGAACCGCUCCAUUGUCGGGCGGUCGCGGCGAAGCCUCGACUCGGAACCGGACGAGACCGAGAGCCUCCUCGGGAGAGGGCGCGGGCAGGCCUUGGACGAUCAACUCCCUCGCAUGAAACGGAGGUUGUUCGGCCGCGGGGAGUGGAAUGUCGGCCGCGUCAUCUUCUUUGCAUUCUUCUAUUUCCUGAUCAUGCCCUCGCUAUUUGUCGUCUCGGCCAUUUGCUGGUUGCUGGUGUUCACGAUCCCCAUGGGCAAAGUCACAAUGCUCCUGUUUUCCCAUCUCCGGCGCCACCCCCUGGCCCUGUCCUUCGAAUCCGAUAUCGCCUCUGCCCGCGCCCCCACGACACCCCAAUCUUCCAUCCUGCUCUGUACCUAUCGAGCUGUCGGCCUCAAGUACUGGAAGUACACCAUCGAUGGAACCAACAUCUUCUUGAUCAACCUCAUGGCCAUCGUAGGUUUUGUCAUCUUCGACUGGCUCGUCCUGGAUGGGCUCCUGCACAUGGAGAACUUUCUCACGUCCCCCGCCUUUCUCUUCGUGUCGGGCCUCCUAUCCAUCAUACCGCUCGCCUACUUCAUUGGCCAAGCGGUAGCGUCUAUCUCGGCCCAGUCAUCCAUGGGGCUCGGCGCAGCCAUCAAUGCGUUCUUCUCCACCAUCGUCGAGGUUUUCCUCUACUGCGUCGCCCUCCGGCAGGGCAAGGCCCGGCUCGUCGAGGGCAGCAUUGUCGGCAGCAUCUUUGCCGGUGUCCUCUUCCUGCCAGGCCUGUCCAUGUGUUUCGGCGCCAUCAAACGCAAGACCCAACGCUUUAACUCGAGGUCGGCCGGCGUGACUUCGACCAUGCUGCUUUUUGCAGUCAUUGGUGCCUUUGGGCCGACUCUCUUCUACCAGAUCUAUGGCACCCACGAGCUGACUUGCCAAGACUGUGUCAACUUUGACACGCCCAACGACGGCGGGGGGGCUUUGCGUGACUGUCGCCGCUGCUAUUUCUCCCAGACGCCUGCGCUCAGCGACCGCUUCUACAUCGAAGCGGUGCGUCCUUACUGUUAUCUCGCCGCCACCAUGCUGUUCAUGUCUUACAUCAUCGGACUCUGGUUCACGCUCCGCACGCAUGCGGCUGUCAUCUGGAACACUGAGGUAGAGGAGAAGAAGCACGACGACCACGCCACCCCUCACGCCACCCCCCGACCACUGGGCAACCCACCGGCUGGCGAAGCCAGCGGCGUCGACAUUCGAGACUCGCAUCUGUACAAGCGCAUACUUGGCCAGUCCCUCCGACAAGUUGGGCAAUACUCGCGACCCGACGAGGAGACACGGCAGAACACACCUCUCUCCGGGGCCGGAGCCAACGGCACCCCUCACCUGGUUCCGCCAAAGCCCAGCAGCUACGGUGCUACUGACACCGCUUGCGCCACUAUCAACAUCCCCGGGCUGACGGACGCCGAGAACAGCAAUCUCGUUCAUCAAGUGGCUGAGAUUGCGGCGACCGCUGCGACCGUCGCCGCCAGAAACGUGCAGAGCGCCAGGCGAGGGCCACCAGGCACCAUCUCGACGGCCGCCAACCCGCCCGCUUCGGCGAGCCACCCGGGGCCGGUGCGCAGCGCCGCCAUCGUGCCGGGCCAGGACGACGCCACAGGGCCAGCGGGCGCGCAGGCAGACGGCCACGGCGGCCACGAUGCGCCAAACUGGAGCCGGCUCAAGAGCUCGGUCAUUUUAAUGGGCGCCACUGUGCUUUACGCUAUCAUUGCCGAGAUCCUUGUUGACACAGUCGACGUGGUGCUCGAGAGCUUCGACAUUGACGAGAAGUUUCUCGGCAUCACCCUUUUUGCACUAGUUCCCAACACGACCGAGUUCCUAAACGCCAUCUCGUUCGCUAUGAACGGCAACAUUGCACUUUCCAUGGAAAUUGGUUCCGCCUAUGCUCUGCAGGUGUGUCUCCUGCAGGUUCCCGCCCUGGUGCUUUUCUCGGCUGUCAACCCACUCGGAGUCCCUGCCGAGGACGUGGCCCGCUACACUUUCAGCCUGCUCUUCCCCCAGUGGGACAUGGUGACAGUCAUCCUGUGCGUAUUCUUGCUGAGCUACAUGUACGGCGAGGGCAAGAGCAACUAUUUCAAGGGGAGCAUUCUCCUCCUCAGCUACCUGGUCGUCAUUAUCGGCUUCUAUUUGAGCAGCUUUGAAACUAGUCUGGAAGACCCCGGCAAUGGCGUGAGCCGGUUCGACACACUGAAGGCGGAUGGCCAAUGGAUGAGUUACAACUUCAAGACGGUUGGGAGAAGUACUUCUGGGGCCGCCUUUUGAUAAACCCGACAGGCGUUGGCGGUUGGCAAAUGGCUUCACUCGGUUCCCGGUUGCGGGUAUGCCGGAGGCCCAAUAUUGCCGGGGAUUAUG